AUGGUAACCCCAAUCCAACUCCCCAUCAUCGACAUCUCGGAUCCCCUCAACCCAGCCGUUGGGAAGGACAUGCUUGAUGCCGCUAUCAAAUACGGCUUCUUCUACGUCCACGGGAAAGGAAGUGACUUUUCAGCGGCUGAAGUUGAUUCUACUUUCGCUUUGUCCAAGAAAUUCUUUGCGUUACCCAAUGCGGAAAAGGAAAAAUGCCGUAUUCGGACGGAUAAUCGAGGCUGGUCAGGAAUGCAUUCUGAGAUUCUAGAUCCAGAGCAUCAAAGGACCGGCGAUUUCAAAGAAGCCCUCAACUUUGGCGAAUUCAAAGACGGAAAACUUCAACAACCCCUCCCCCCUGCUAUGGAGCCACACGAAGGCGAUAUCCAGCACUUCACGAAUCUAUGCAACAAAACCGCUGCUCGAGUGAUGCGCCUACUCGCUCUUGGCUUAGAGAUCGACCCCGAAUUCUUCGUAACCCGGCACGACUCCUCUCGCGGCCCAACAGGCUGCAUCCUGCGCUAUCUCUACUACCCCUCCAUCGACUCGCCCGCCUCCUCCAGCUACCAACACGACGUUGACGUACGCGCCGGUGCACACUCAGACUACGGCACAAUCACUCUACUCUUCCAACGCCCCGGACAACCUGGUCUCGAAAUCCUCACCGCGGACGAAACCUGGGCCCCUGUCCCUAUAUGGCCUGACGGCGCAGUUGGGCAGGACAAAGACGAUUUCCCCCCUAUUCUGAUCAAUAUAGGCGACAUGCUCAGUUUCUGGACAAACGGGUUACUCAAAUCUACUGUUCAUCGAGUCGUAUUCCCAGCUGCUGAGCGUUCCUCUGUUUUGAAGGGGGAGAAGCCGCAAGAUAGGUACAGUGUUGCAUUCUUUUGUCAUCCGCUUAAUGAUUGUAAUCUUGUCCCUCCUGUGCCGAGUCAGUUGGUUGCCGCCGCGGGCGAAAAGGCGAGUAGAGUUGGGUUUGGGGGUGGUGCCGGUUCCUUGAAGGAGAGGAGCUCGAUGACGGCGAAGGAGUAUUUGGAUUUGAGGUUGUCGGCGACGUAUGAGGAGCGUGAGGAUGCGUAA